AUGCCGAUUACAAAAAAGGAGGAUGAUGACAAUAAUUUUCUUGAAUAUAAGAAAGGUGAAAUUUUGGCUGGUAUUUCAAAGACAUCUGCACAUCAUACAUAUAAAAAAGAUUUGCAACUGAUCUUGGAGUCAAAUCCGCCAGAAAAUGUCUCCAUUACCAUUAUGAAACAGCUGACACAAAAGAUACAGGAAAGUGACGAAGUUAAAAAUUUCUGGAAAUUAGUAUCUGCAGAAAAGAAGUAUACGGAACAGUUAAAUACUAUCAGAGCUAAUGCUCCAUUUGAAAGUGAUGUUCUCAAGGUUUGUGGGAAAAGAUGCUAUGAAGAAAUUGAUAAUGUGAUCCAACUAGAAAUAAAGAGAAGGGAACUUGAAGCAAAUAUAAGUGAUAAUGAAUAUCCAAGCACACCCACUCCUAUAGGGGCAACAAUGAAUAAUGAAUGUGAAGCUCGAAGUAAUAGUAUAGAAGAAAAUGAAGAAUACAAUAAUACUAAUAAGGACAAGGAAGAAACGGAGCAAAUAAAAUUUUGGACAGGAAACAAUAAAGAAUCUAAUAAUCAAGCAAAAAUUAUUCCCAGGUUUAAAUCCCUUAAAAGUAGUGUUAAUACAAGAUUCCCCGAUAUAGCAAAAGAAAUAGAAAUUCAUGCACAAGAACAGACAAAGUUAACUAGUUUGGGACCAACUCUUACAAAGUGGUUACAAGAAGUUUUAUUAUCAUCCACUCCAGAAAAGUUAGGUGAAUGUCUUAUACAACUAUUGCAAGGUGAACAUAUUACAGACCGAGAAAAGAAAUUGCAUGAUAUAUUUGAAACAACAUUGAAGAAAUUCCAUACAAUGAUCAAAUAUAAUCCAAAACACACUCUCCCAAGGCACAAUUCUGAGAGAAAAUUCUUUGUUGAAAGGGUGGUAACACCAUUCAAACUUGUUGAAUAUGUGUUUGGAAAUGUUACAACAUAUUGGAUAGAAAAAACAAUUAUGUCAACAAAGGCAAUGGAAUUUAUAGAUGAUCCGACUGGUGAACUGACAUCCAAGAAGGCUGAUGCACUGGCUACAGAUCUUACAUAUAAUUUAGACGUAAUGAACAUGGAAGCAUCAGGAGGUCCCCUUCAACAGGACCGGAAGCAUACUCUUAAUGAUUCGGGCAAAAUAUCUAACACUGGUGUGGAUAUUCUCCUUAUGAGUCUCUGA